CUCAUACAUGUAGCAGCAACUGCCGGAAGUAAAACUCUGUGGUAGCGCAUGCGGCCUUGAGAUUACUAAACCUGAGCCAUUUUCCAAGGAGUGAUUGUUUGCCUCUUUAAAUUAAAAGUAUUCUCUCAUUCAUGUCAGAGCCACAGUCAGCUCUUUUAUUACGGAAACAACUAGCAGAACUUAAUAAGAACCCUGUUGAAGGGUUUUCCGCUGGCCUGAUUGACGACAAUGACAUAUACAGAUGGGAAGUCCUCAUCAUUGGACCUCCAGACACCUUAUACGAAGGUGGUUUUUUCAAAGCACACCUUCAUUUCCCAAAGGAAUAUCCACUGCGGCCACCCCGUAUGAAAUUUAUCACAGAAAUAUGGCAUCCAAACAUCGAGAAGAACGGUGAUGUUUGUAUAUCAAUCUUACACGAGCCUGGUGACGAUAAGUGGGGUUACGAGAAAGCCUCGGAACGGUGGCUGCCCGUUCAUACAGUAGAAACAAUUCUAAUAUCAGUUAUAUCGAUGUUAGCCGAUCCCAACGAUGAAAGUCCAGCCAACGUGGAUGCUGCGAAAGAAUGGAGAGAAAACUACGCAGACUUUAAGAGAAAGGUUGCCAGGUGUGUACGAAGAAGUCAAGAAGAAUGUUUGUAGGGCAUUUUUAUUUCAUUUGGGGAGACUUGAGAAAGAGGGGACACCAUGAUGAGGGCUGGAUCUCUGUGGGCAAUGAGUGUGAUAAUUUAAACUUUUCAAUUGUGGAAUUGUGAAAAAUAGUGUGGCCAUCACCUGUUUUUGGGAACCGAAUAUGCACAUUAAUCAGCUCAGU